UAUGGAGCAUAAAAUUAGGAAUAUAUUAUCUGUCUAUAUUUAAUACAGAGUCAAUGUUUAGAAUGAUUACAGGAACAUCAAGGCCCUGGCACAAGUGAGCAGGACUGCAUUUAAAGAGUAGCUUCUGUUGAAGACAUCAGACAAGUACCUUUCUGAACUAGGAAGAAAUGGUAACAUUUUCAGGCCAAAUUUUCAAAGAUAUUUAGCCACAAAGGACACAUGCCCAUGCACACGAAGCUGGCUUUCUAGGCAGCGCUUUAGAAGUCUUCUGGGGAAAAUGGUCUGCAACUGAGGACAGGGAGCUGAUUACAUUCACCUGUGCUUUGUUGCCUCCCACUCACAAAAGGAGCUGCUGUGCAUGCAAUCCAGCACCCACUUUCUACAGAGCACUGAGGUGGUCUCUACUACGUGACCUGCUGUGUGGCCAGGCAGAUUUGGAAUUGCUCCUGCACAGGAUCACUGAAUGCAUGGGUACAAAGGCAUGGCUGAUUGCCCGUCACAAAAAGCAGAGAAAAAGGAAUUCCAAGAAAAGGAGACGGGUCUUUUGAAUGACAUAUGCUUUCUGCCUUCAUCUGGGUACCUUGGUUUGAAAAACAGAAUGAUGAAAGUUUUUUUUUUUCUGCUGAGGCAGGCACUCCUCCUGAUCAAGAGAAGCAUGCUGCAAAUUGGAAACAAAACAGAACUGAAAUUCUGUGCAUAUUAAAAGCGAAUGCACGAGAGGUACGAAAGUCAGUGCGGAUAUUAAAGUGCCAAAAGGAAAAACUAUCACUUAAGGCAGUACCGAAAGGGACACUGCAUUUCUCUCCCAUGCACACCCUGCCUGUCCAAAACUCCCCACCUCUGCAUGCUCCAGCAGCGGGAAAUGUACUAAAAGGUGCAGCACGUUCCCCCCUGCUCUUGCAGACGCAGUCCCCACUCUCUCCCUUCCUCCAGCCCCUCAUGGCUGAGGUCUGGCUCCAGCCUGCACCAGGCGGAGCUGGGCCGGUACAGCCAUGGCUGGCUGAGGGAGGGGAGGCCCGUGGGGCCAAGGCGGCUCCUGUGCCACAGGCUCCCCAGAGCAGGGCAUUCCCCACCCGCCGCCAUGGGCUCUUCUGCCCCGCCUGCCCAGGUUGCUACAUGCCAGGGCAGCAGUGGCCAUGCCCGGUAUAAGAGCCCUGAGGAGGCAGCCCAGGCGUGCCCGGGGGUGGUUAGCCGGGACUGGUGUGCCAUGGAGGCUGAGGAGGCCGCGGCGGUGGCAGCGAAGGCGACGCUACGGACACCCAAGUGCUCCCGCUGCCGUAACCACGGCUUCGUGGUGCCGGUGAAGGGCCAUGCCGGCCACUGCCGCUGGAAGCUCUGCCUGUGCGACAAGUGUGCCCUCAUCACUGAGCGCCAGAAGAUCAUGGCGGCCCAGAAGGCCCUGAGGCAGCAGGUGCCCGACACUCCGGCUGGGGCAGCCGCAGGGCCCGCUCCCCCAGGCGAAGGCUCUGGGGUGGCCACCGGGGCGGCCAGUGCCCCCGAGCAGAGCGGCCAUGAGGGGAUGAAGGCCGCCCAGCCCGCCGGCGGCAGCAGCAAAGGCACGGCAUGCAGGGGACCACCGCUGCCUCCCAGCGGCCCACCCUUCUGGGACUACGCUCACCCUGCUUUUCCUCCAGAAUACAUGGUCAACCCAGAAUACCUGGAGAGAGAACCUCCGAAAGUGUACCCUGGGUGUUCUGGGAUAUAUCCUUACCACCCAUUUCCCAUGGGAUUUCCCCUAAAUGAGUCAAGCUGUAGGGGAGCACCGUCACCUCCAGGGAUAUCACUUCAGAGAGGUUUCCGACACAUUCCUAGCAACUAUGGGCCAGGGAAUGCAGCUUCUGUGUCAAUUCCAGAUGGAGGUGGAGAAUUCCAUCAAGGAUACUACACUCCUCUGCCUCAGUUCAUCCCACCAAGUUUUCUGCCAGGGAUUCAUUACAUUCCACCUCCCCUUUCACUGAACAUGUUGGCUGAAACAACCAAGGAAGCACAUGCUACUGAAGCUGACAGUCAGGAUUCAGGGACGGUUCGUGAACCUGGCCAACCAUCUUCCCCAGAAAAAACAAGUAGAGACCAAUCUGAUUCUAAACAGUAAACGGGCUGGAGAAGAGCUGAGUAGCAGGCAGUGCUGUUUUUAUUACUGAGGAGAGUGUUAGUUAAUAUGAGGGUAGAGUGACACUUAGUCACUGAGCAGCCACAACAGCUAGAAGAAGGGGAUUAGUCCCCUGCCUCACUUUAUGAUCAUGUUAGAGCUACCAGGCUCACAGCUCUGCCUUGCUAGCACUGUAAAGCCCUUGUUCCUAAAAGAGGUUUUCCAGAGCCAUGGCAAUCCCUUCCCCCUUAAGCAGGUGGAAGCAGCAAAUGAUUAUGACUCUGAAUUUGUUUCCUUUGCCAAGGUUAGAUGGCUCCCUGACUUCAGAGUGAGGUCUCCGAGCCAUGUACAUUCUGUAACCUUCUCAUGUUCAUGUCAAUACUCAAAAAUGUGUUGUUUUUAUAUCAAUUUGCUGUAAAGGAAACCUCGUUCUGAAUAUUAUGGAAGAGUUAAGUGAUGUGGAGCCUGAAGACUGAGUGAGAAAGGAUGGGAAGACAGUCUGGGUUGCUGAUUUACUUGGCUGCCUAAGAACAUGAUUCACUGGAUUCAGCAGGGUAAGGGAACAGUAGGUACUCAGUACACCUGUCAAGAAGGGCGUGGGAGGAAUUUGCAGAAAGGUCUGAUACAGGCUGAAAUCCAGUGCCUCUGCAUUGUUUUCUGGGUCAACUGCCUUUAAGGCACCUUCCGUUCAGGUUGGGGACAGACUGAUUUGGAAUCGCUUCAUGUCACACAGUCUUCAGGAUUUUGAAUGGCGCUGAUGGGUUAUACAUAAUUUCAAUGUUUGAAUGUCCUUGAUGGUUUAUACAUGAUUUCAAUGUUGCUUAACUCAGUACUGCUGAAACUAAACAGUACUAUUUGUUUCUAAAGGGCCCGUGUAGACAGCUUUAUACAUGUGUAUUGGAAGUGCACUGUGGCGUAUCAAAGGUGUGGAGGGAUUGCCCAGGAAACCAGGACAAAACACCAUUCAGCAUAAUAAUUAGUCAAAUCCAUACAUACUAUAAUUUUCAGUGAUAAUGUUUAAUUAAAAAUGAAAAGUAUGUUCCUCUACUGUUUUGCCUAGAGGGAUUGGUUUUGUAUUAAGUGGAUCAGUUAUUAAUGUUUGAAUAAUUGGGGGGGGACUUUUGUAUAAUUAAAAGAUACAUUAAAUUGUUGGUAUGGUUUUGAUGAUUUGAGGCUUGCGUAUCUACGCGUAAUUUUUCUAGCCAAAUGUCAAGUGUUGCCCUGAAAAGCUCUGUGUAACAAACUGGUCUGGAGAGACAUCUAGGCUUCAGCAUUUUUCUUCUACAACUUUUGAC